AUGCGGAGAUGCGAAGGGCAUGUUGUUUCAACGAAGCAGGAGUGCGCACCUCCUUUAUAAUCGUCGGGAAGUACGGUAUACUUUAAACAUGUACCGUCUUCGUGAAUGUUCGCUGAAAGUUGGCUUGCAGUCGCCCAGUGUUUCAGCUAGUCGCUUGCGGAGCAAACCUAAUCUAUGGUCCACGUUGACGGACGAGCCCCCUGACAGAUGAGCAUGCCGUCCAACAGGCAUUGCUGAGACAGCUUUCUCCAGCACAGGGUCGGCCCGGCACGCGCUCUCGCGAACACGGUCACCGAGUCCCCAACUGUCACAGGCAUUCACUGCUGCUGAAUGGCGGGAGAGACCGUCGAUGACGAGUAUUCCGGGCAUGAAAGACGGUACGCCUGCCACCUAAUAUGCAGAAUGCGCGUUGGAGAAUCUAAUCCGUCACCGCCCUAUAGAUGCUACAGCACACCCACUGAACGACGCGCACGUUUUGGCGACGCGCACAUCUCUUUUGGGGGAGCAACACCGAAGACAGAUAGUAACGGCAUGGGUGAGCCGCUUGUGGACGGACGCUCUGCAGCGUAUUGUCCUUUCUUCACAGGGAGCAUCGCGGGCGUUCGGGGCAGGGUUGGUCCAGCGUGCGCACAUCACCUGCCCGCGAUUUGUAUCCCACCACUCAUGGGCUCCCUCCCUGAUAGGCCGGAGAAUUGUCGGCACGCGGUCCCUGGCAAACACUUCGACGUAACCAAGUGGCCUGUUCACGAAGAGCGAACUCGUUAUGACGUCUUCGCAGGUAUUGUCCAGGGCGCCCUCUCGAGCACAACAGCGAUGAAGCAACCCUUCCUCCCGAGGCACAGGCACGAGUGGCCAUUCCAGCGUUCUUUGCGCGUGUUCGUCCUCCAAGGUCGCCGAGGGUGUCGCACACGAGGGUACGCGCGAGGAGAGGGACAAGGCGCAGGUGAGCGGGAGGGCAGUGCCACCCGGUCGUGCUCAUCAACGUCUCAUACUUAACGUCGCGCCGAACAGGAACAAGGCAUCACUGGACGACGAGGAGAUGCAGGGUCCUGAUGGGCAGCCUUGUGCGAGCGAACGACCCCUGUCGACUUGUUGUCCUGUGUCGACCCUGCGGCGCC